AUGGUUUGGGAUGAAGAGAAGGUAGCUUUUCCUAUCCUAACUGAAAAUUAUUCAAAAUGGUUAAAAGUUCAAAAAGUCAAAUUUCUCCAAAAAACAGAAUUAAGAGAUUUAAGGGAUAUUAAUGAAGGUAGAGGGAUUAUUGCCCAAGAGGAAAUCAAUACUGGGGACGUCAUAUUCGAAAUUCCAAGGUCAAUAAUCUUUGAUCUUGAAAGUGCUACUUUGUUAGUUGACAGACCUGAACUCCGUGAUGAGUUGGUCCACUUAAAUCAAUGGGAAGUUUUGAUUAUUUUAUUGUUAUAUGAGUUCCAAGUUAAAGAUGGGGCUUCUAAAUGGAGAGAUUAUUUCAAGGUCUUACCUAUUUUUGAUAAAGAUAACUAUAUUUUCAACCAGUUAAUGUUUUGGUCCGAUGACGAACUUAAAGAAUUGGAGCCAUCCUUGAUUGUUCACAGAGUUGGUAAAGAGUUGGCUAACGGAAUGUAUAAGAAAUUGUUUCCAAAAAUUGUUGUUGAAGAUAUGAAAAUUGUUGAAUUAAAAGAUGUUACCUUACAACAAUAUCAUGAAGUAGCUUCAUUAAUUAUGUCUUAUUCCUUUGAUAUUGAAAAGUUGAACAGUCGUGGAUUUGUUGAUGGAGAGGAAGAUGACGAAGAGCAAGAAGAAGAAAAUGAUGCAGAAGAAGAAGAAGAGGAAGAGGAAGAAGAACAAGAGGAAGAAGAACAACACAAAGAAAACGGGCAAAAUGGACAUCUGAAUGGAAAUGGACAUCUGAAUGGGAAUGGUAAAGAAAUUUCAAGUCCAACAUCAGAUGAGGAGUACCCUGAUAGUAUAGAAAAAGAUAGCUUCCUCAAAGCGAUGAUACCUUUAGCUGAUACUUUAAAUGCUGAUACUAAUCUUCAUAAUGCUUCAUUGGAAUACUUGGGAGAUAAAUUAGUAAUCAGAGCCAUCAAACCUAUCAAGAAAGGAGACCAAAUCUACAAUACUUAUUCUGAUCAUCCUAAUAGUGAAAUCUUAAGAAGAUAUGGAUACGUUGAAAUGUUUGGUUCCAAACACGAUUUUGGUGAAAUCCCAUUAUCUACAAUCAAAGCAUACUUUGCCAAAGAUUUAGGUGAAGAUUUCUUCGAUGAAAUUGUUCAAACUUUCAAAGAAGUCAUAGAAUUGGAAGAAGAAGAUGACAUAGUUGAUUUUGUAUUAGAUUCUUACGAUUGUUUUGUUAAUGGAGAUGUUAUUAUUGAAUUAAUCAUCUUUUUACAGUGUUUAACUAUACUAACAUCAAUUAAUUCAAUUAGUUCUAUGAAACCUUUAUCUAGAAGUUCCAAAUUCCAAUUGGUUAGAAGAAUUUACAGAAAAUGUAUUCAACUCAUUGAAUCACAAAAAUUGACUUCUAAAACUAAAGAAAAUUUUAACUUCAUUAUCAAAUCAAGAAUGGACCAAUAUCCUAACUUUGCUUCUGAUGAUUUUACCAAAGAUUUCAAAUACAACAGGAAGAGUAUGGCCAAAAUAGUCUUACAAUCAGAAUUCAAAUCUUUACAAAGUUGUUAUAAUAAUGAUAAUGCUUUCAAAUUUCAUAAUACUGUAUGUUCUUUCAUUGAUGAUGAAAAGUUAGUAAGAAAUAUCAUUAAAAGAAAAUUCGACUUACCCAUUAUCGAUGAUAGAACUAAAAGACCAAAGAAAUGA